AUGAGUUCAUUUGCUUACUUGCCCGACAUUUCACAUAAAGAACAAAUGACUCAAAUUGUUCGUUAUGUAGCUGAAUCCAAUGAUAAAUAUACAAUUGAGGAAAGUUUUAUCGAUUUUAUAACUACAACUAAAAAAACAGGGCAAGGGUUAGCUGAAGAAAUUUUAAAAAAACUUUCCGAAGAUGGAUUAGAAUUUAAAAAUUGCCGUGGUCAAGGUUACGACAAUGGUGCCAACAUGCCUGGAAAAAUUAAAGGUGUCCAAUCUCGAUUACAGGAAAUAAAUAAAUAUGCACAAUUUUGUCCUUGUACCGUGCAUAGUCUAAAUUUGGUUGGAGCCCAUGCAGCUCGAGUUUCAGCCAGAAUGGUAACUUUUUUCGGGACAGUACAAAGUAUAUUUAAUUUUUUUUCUAGUUCGACAGCUCGUUGGAACAUUGUAUCUCAGUUUUUAAAAUGUACAUUGAAAUCUCAUAGUGAAACACGUUGGGAAUCGAAGUAUAAUGCUGUACAUUCAUUACUUACUCAAUUGAAAUAUGUUAUACAAGCAUUACAACACAUAUCUGAAAACUCAGAAUUUGGGGAUGGAGUCUCCAGUGCUCAAAGUAUACUUGGUUUGAUUAACGUCGAGUUUGUUUAUCUUUUGGUUAUGUGGGACUCAAUUUUAAAUCAAGUAUAA